GGGUAAAAGUCAGCCGCUCGACGACGGUGUUUCGACGCGAACAUCCAGCUCGCCGUCGACUGGCACGCUCAGUCAAGCUGAAACCGCCAAGGAUCGCGACAGAGCGAGCGCGUGCCUUAUACGUCUCUUUCUCGCCGCGUUUCACCGUUUCUCGAUGUCGCUCGCGGUCCAGGAGUAUCCGCGGUAACCUGGUGCAUCUGCGAUCCCGUCGAAUCGGUCGCCCGAAAAGGUGCGCGUACCAAGUGCGUUCCAUCUCAAGGCUCUUUCCUCCUCGAUGAUAGUGAUAGUCACGCGAUAACGCGACAGUGCCAAGGACGCGGGAUGAUAAUGCGCCGAUUUUUCACGCGAAUCGACGUGUGCGUGCGUGAAGUAGAAUAACUCCGGGAUGAAUUUUCGGAGCGCGAAUUUUUCGCGCCACGACGAUGCUGUUGCUAUCUUUAUGGCUAAUCAGGCGGAACUCACUUACGGGAUAUGAUGUCAGUGAAAUAAACGAAGGGGACGUGUGCCGCCUUAUCGGUAGUCGCUGUAUCGAUAGACCUUAAAAAGCGCGCUGAAUCAUCGCGCUUAGCAAAAUUGACGACGUCGUUUACGACUGCGGUCGGCCUUUAUACCAAGUGUCGCGCAAAAUUGUAGGCAGAUACGAGCAGGUACAUAUAUCGCGGCGAGGAAAAAAUUGGGUACACCUUGCCACGCGAUUUUUUCACGCCAAUUCGCCUAAACGCGGUCUCUCGUGUGCGAAAAGAGGGUCACGGAAUCGAUGAGAUCCGUUGGAUAUCGAACGUAUCCUCUCUAACGUGAUUUCUUCGGUACUCGCCAAUUAACCAAAGAAUGCUGCGGUAACCUAUUUGCGAAUCGAGUUAAACGCGUGGAGAACGCGACGAUGAGUUCGCCAGCGAAGCAAGGCGCGACUCAUACCCCGGAACGGUGAGAAUUCCCGUGAUGAACAGUGAUGAUCGCGUACACGAUGAUCGAGCCACGCAGCGACAGGGUGACGGUCUGCUCGCCCCAGACCCAGCACCACUGUUACCAAGUGAUACGAACCACCAGAGUGCACCAAAGUUCGCGAAGCUCGAGGAUGGUGACCGUCCAGGAGAGGGUCGUCAGAUCGCGUCUUCAGUUGGGUUACUCCACGCCGACGUCGUUCAUCAAUCGCUUCCCGACGAAGGUGGAGAGGCCCCUGGUGUCGCACGGCAAUUCGAGUCAGAUCCACGGCAACAGCAUGCACGGCGCCUACUCGUCCGGUAGUCAGACGUCCCUGUCGACGACGUCGUACAUCACCGGCCAGUCCUACAUGCAGAGCCAGAAUUACGGAGCACCCCCGUAUCCCUCCGCGAGCGUGCAGAUAUAUCCGUCUCACGGCGCGUCGGGCUACUCGCAGCCGCAGAGCUACGGUACCGUGGUGCAGGGCUUUGGCGGGCAACCGCAGUCCGCCGCGUAUCAGCAGACUCACCUAAAAAAGGGAUCGGUCCGCAACGGCGACGUGCUCAAGCGAUGUCGACUGCAGACCGCAUACGAGUUGUCGCAGGAUCUACUCGACAAGCAGAUCGAGAUGCUGGAGCGGAAAUACGGCGGCGUAAAGGCGAGGAACGCCGCGCUGACGAUCCAGCGUGCGUUCCGAAGGUACACGUUGCUGAAGAAGUUCGCGGCGAUCACGGCGAUGGCCAAGGCGGAAAAGCGACUGAGCAGGAAGCUUCAAGAGGUGACGACGGAUCGUUCGGGCAACCUCAACGAUCACGAGAGAAUGGUUUACCACAGUCAGAUAUACAUUCAGCAAGCGCAAUCCGCCAACAGACCGAUGCCGAUCCGCAGCAUGUCUCUGAGGGAGAGGCGGCACAUAGACAAUUCUCAGUCGCCGAUACCGAGGAGUCAGAGCGGUAGAUGCGAGGUUCAAGUCAGUGGUCAUCAGCACACAAACCAUAACUUGCAUCAGAGCGGUAGACACACACCCUCGUUGGCGCCCAGCCCGUGUAACCGACAUCAGCAAUUACCGCCGAGUCCCUGUUGGGAGUCGAGCUCCCAAGAGAGCGGUUCCAGUAUCCAUUACUACAAUCCACAGGAGGCCUUGUGCGGUCUGAGACAAGAGACGCCGCCGAGAGAUUUGCUGCGGACACCGUGCACGUCACCGUCGGCGCCACACAAUAUGACGACGAUAUCGCAGAAUUGGAACAACGCCAAUCAGCUUGGUCCUGGUAGAACAACAAGAGGAAGUUCUGGCAAGAAGAUUCCGCCGGAGGUUCCGAAGAGAACGUCCUCCAUCACUUCGAGAUCUAUGGAACCGCGUCACAACGGUCUCAGUAAAAGCGUAGAGAAUGGAAGCCUAAGUUCGGUACAGAGCUCCGGCAGCGAUUCCACCAAUUGCGAGAGUUCGGAAGGUGACGCUCAGAGAGGCUCACCGGUCUGGAAGCAUAAAGGGAUUUCGAGUUCGCCGGAGCAUCAGGAAUGUGCGAGUCAUACCGCGGACGCAACAGCGAUGGCUACUAACGUUAAGGAGCUCGGCCAUUCGCAUGCCAGUUCUGGCUACCAGCUUCCUCUGAUGGAUCAUACGGAAAAUCUACCGACUCAAACGAGUUACAAGGUAUCCGAGACGGUGAGAAAGCGACAGUAUAGAGUCGGCCUGAAUCUUUUCAACAAAAAGCCGGAGAGGGGAAUCAGUUAUCUCAUCAGACGCGGCUUUUUGGAAAACAGUCCGCAGGGAGUCGCUAGAUUUUUGAUCAGUCGAAAAGGAUUAUCCAAACAGAUGAUAGGAGAGUAUCUCGGGAACUUGCAGAAUACUUUUAAUAUGGCGGUACUUGAAUGUUUCUCCCAGGAAUUGGAUCUUUCUGGAAUGCAGGUGGAUGUAGCUUUACGAAAGUUUCAAGCUUAUUUCAGAAUGCCCGGCGAGGCACAAAAAAUCGAACGAUUGAUGGAAGUCUUCAGUCAACGUUAUUGUCAAUGCAAUCACGAUGUAAUAUCGAGGUUGCGGUCAGCUGAUACUGUUUUCGUCUUGGCCUUUGCCAUUAUCAUGCUUAAUACGGAUUUGCAUACGCCCAAUUUGAAACCCGAACGUAGAAUGAGACUCGAGGAUUUCAUAAAAAAUCUUCGAGGAAUCGAUGAUUGCGGCGAUAUAGAUAAAGAUAUCUUGGUUGGCAUUUAUGAACGGGUGAAAGAUAAUGAAUUCAAGCCGGGCUCCGACCAUGUGUCACAAGUGAUGAAGGUUCAAGCAACCAUUGUUGGAAAGAAGCCAAACAUGGCACUGCCGCAUAGAAGAUUGGUAUGUUACUGCAGACUCUACGAGAUACCGGACAUUCAUAAGAAGGAGAGACCCGGUGUCCAUCAGAGAGAGGUUUUCCUCUUCAAUGAUCUGCUCGUCGUUACGAAAAUUCUGAGCAAGAAAAAGAAUAGCGUAACCUACACCUUUAGGCAAAGCUUUCCGCUUUGCGGCAUGGUAGUUACUCUAUUCGAGGUUCCUCAUUAUCCAUAUGGCAUAAGACUCUCUCAGCGUGUCGACGGAAAAGUUCUAGUCACAUUUAACGCUCGAAACGAGCACGACAGAUGUAAAUUCGUGGAAGACCUCAGGGAAUCCAUCAGUGAAAUGGACGAGAUGGAAACUUUGCGUAUCGAAACCGAAUUAGAGAGACAAAAGAGCAGUAGAAGCGCGCGAGGUGGCGCAGAAAAUAGAGACUCCGGUGUUGCCGACGUGGAAAUAUGCCCUUGCCCGGGUGCUUGUUCCGACAGAGCAGAGACAGUCGAUGUUGACACACAAUUGAAACGUUCCGCCCUUAGUAAUUCACUCCUGGACAUACACGAGCAAUUUGCCGGUGAGAAGCCGCAGCGUCGUGGAAGCGUGGGUUCUCUAGAUAGCGGUAUGUCUAUUUCAUUUCAAUCUACUUCCGCCAGUUCAAUGAGCCAAGGCAUUAAGCAUGCCGGACAAGUUCAUUCUAUUCAUCCAGGAGCUACGAUUCCUGGUCCUGGUGGUAAAGGACUGGUUCAGCAACCGUCUUUUUUAGGAGGUCUUUUUACCAAACGCGAGCGAAAGCUAUCGCAAUCUGAAGAAUCUGGUCCAUACAGUCGCACUACGGAAGUAUAAUGUGUGUACAUUCUUCCAAUCAUGUAAAAUAAGAGAUACAUCUUUGUAUACCCGUUUUUUUUUCUAGUACGCUUCGUGUUUUUAAUAAAGGCUAUGUUUAUGAUAACGCCAAUUUUAAAUAGCAAUAAUUACACUCGCAAAUUUAUUCAUAUUAAUGUGAAAUUGUUUUUUUCCUCGUUCGGAGUCUUAUACUGUUUUUACUGUGGUUUAAAAACGGAAGCUAAGCUAACGGAAAUAAAUAUGCACUUAAGCAAGCAGCAAGACUGCCACGCGCGCGAGAAUUAUUCUAUUAGGGUAUACAAUAGAAUAUAUAGUAUGUCGUUAUAUAUAUAUAUAUAUAUAUAUAUAUAUAUAUAUAUAUAUAUAUAAUCACGAAGCGUGCUAAAGAAUGAAAUAAUCGAUAACAGAUAAAGCCAAAUUCAAGGACAUAAAUUUAAAAGAUUGGGCAGGAUCCAAUCAAAAUCAUGUGGCGUAUAAAGGGAAAAAAAUUUAAUCUAUCCUCUUCUCCUCCCGUAUAACGCGUGUAUAGUAUUUAUUCAUUAAAGAAGGAAAAUAAUGGACAUUUUUCAUACUGUAUUUAUAAUUCAGGCAAUGAAUGAUAGAAUUAUGUGUAGAUAAUUAUUACAUUUUUGCUUAGUUUUACACACACAUAUAUAUAUGUUAAUAAGUAUAACAAAAACUGAAGAGAAGAAAAAAUUGUAAAUCGUGCGAAUUCUUGAUACAAUUAUCGAGAGAAUUUUAACAGCGUCAUUAUCAGCGAAUAUCAUUACCAUCACCGAUUUUCGAGGGAAAUAUUGUAAAUAUGAGAUAAUAUAAAAUGUUCGGAAUAAAUUAUAUCAUGUGUAACAAAAAAAAAGAGUUUAGCGUGUAAGAGAAAACGAUAAGCAAUCUCUAUUGAUGUUAGGUGCAUGUUGAUGUCUAACGAUUUUUAUUAUCGGAAACACGUGAAGUUUGUGAAUGUAGCAGUGAAAUAAGACUCGACAUAAAUCAUGUUUGUCAUUAUAGCGACCUACUGGUAAUCAUCUAUGAAAAGUAGUUUUGCUUUUAUUGUAUGUUGAAAUUUUGACUCAAAGUUGUUCACAUUUUCACUAAAAAAAAAUUAAUAAAUAAUCCAUUAUAUUAAAUAUAUCCGUCAUUAAUUCGUUUCUCAUUUCCCGCGAUGAGUAGACGAUAGACAUCUAGGCGUACAUACUGUGUCACGAAAAUAAACGUAUAGGUAAACUAAGAUACAUACGCGAAACACAAAAAUAAAAUACAAGAACGCGCAUGCCUUAUUUACUGCCACUGGGUAAAUCUUCGCACGCGAGGGAGAAACGAAAUAAUGAUACUAUAUAUACGUAGAAAGAUUGAAAGUUCUCCAAGAGCUGUGGAAUUGUAUGACAAACUAAUCAAUCGUGUACAUAGAGCCAACGUCAGUUAGCUGUAAGCAAGCAAUGACGUUUAUUAAUUUAACGAUAAUCUCCCGUUAUAAAAUAACGCAUCUGUAUAGGAGGAGUGUUUAAUAUAUCUGUAUAAGUUUUAUCUUUA